ACUGGGCUUUACAAAUAGCUUCUCCAUUUUUUUUUUCCCCUAUAAAAAGGAUUGCUCCUUCUGCCUUCUCCUUUGACUCCAUUUGCUUCUCUUUCAUUUUCGAGACGGGGAGAGAGAGAGAGAGAGAGAGAGAGAGAGAAAUUCACCGCCAUUCACAGAGAGAGAAUCAACAAUGGCGCUCUCUCUCAGAAAUUUCUCUGCUUUCUCAUUGCUGGUUCUAACGCUCUUCCUCGUCGGCGCUACCGCUGUAAUGGACGUGAAUGAGACUCAACACUCUAGGAGUGACGGGAACACAAUGCAGUUGCAGAGCUUAAACAACUCAACAAUGGCGGAUAGGUCAAGUGACGAGGCUAACACGCGAAAUGAGCAAGCCGUGCAGGAUCCCGAUAUGGUGGCUUCCAUGGUUGACAUGAGCAUUCGCAAUAGCACUGAAAGGAGGAAGUUGGGAUUCUUCUCAUGCCAAACUGGCAACCCUAUCGAUGACUGCUGGCGGUGCGACCCCAAUUGGCAAAGCAACCGCAAGCGCCUCGCUGACUGUGCCAUUGGCUUCGGGCGUAACGCCAUCGGCGGUCGAGACGGCAAGUUCUACGUCGUCACUGACCCGAACGACUACGACGCGGUUAAUCCCCGACCCGGGACACUGCGCCAUGCUGUCAUCCAGGAUGAGCCUCUUUGGAUUGUCUUCAAAAGGGACAUGGUGAUCACGCUAAAGCAAGAGCUUAUAAUGAACAGCUUCAAAACAAUCGAUGCUAGGGGAGUUAAUGUGCACAUUGCCAAUGGGGCUUGCAUCACCAUCCAGUAUAUCACGAAUGUGAUUAUCCAUGGUCUUCACGUCCAUGAUUGCAUACCCACAGGAAAUGCUAUGGUACGAAGCUCGCCAUCCCAUUAUGGGUGGAGAACAAUUGCUGAUGGUGAUGGCAUUUCACUUUUUGGGGCGAGUCACGUAUGGUUAGAUCAUAAUUCUCUCUCUAAGUGCGCCGAUGGCCUUAUCGAUGCUAUUAUGGGAUCAACAGCGAUCACCAUCUCCAACAAUUACUUCACCCACCACAAUGAGGUGAUGCUACUGGGACAUAGUGAUUCCUAUGUUAGAGACAAGAGUAUGCAGGUAACUAUUGCGUACAACCAUUUUGGAGAGGGACUUAUCCAGAGAAUGCCAAGGUGUAGGCAUGGGUAUUUCCAUGUGGUGAACAAUGACUACACUCACUGGGAAAUGUACGCAAUCGGUGGCAGUGCCGAUCCCACGAUUAACAGCCAAGGAAACAGAUAUCUUGCCCCUACCGAUCCUAAUGCUAAAGAGGUAACGCAUAGAGUGCAGCUAGAUAAUGGUCAAUGGAAGAGCUGGAAUUGGAGAUCAGAGGGUGAUCUUAUGCUCAAUGGAGCCUUCUUCACUCCAUCAGGAGUAGGUGCUGCGGCCAGCUAUGCCAGGGCCUCGAGCUUAGGGGCCAAGUCUUCCUCCAUGGUAGGCACCAUUACUUCUAGCGCUGGUGUCCUUAAUUGCCGAAGGGGCCAACAAUGUUAGUCUCUACGUCAUCAAAGAGAACAAAAAUGGUCAUCAAAGAGAACAAAAAUGGUCACGAAAAAUAUUUCAUUUUUCGUCUUCCUCUUGAAUUGUUAUUAGCCAUAUUACGUCAGUUCCCAGCAAUUCUGCUUUCUAUCAUCACCCCAUAUCUCUGCCGUCGGAUGACAUUAGACAAAUGUACAAUUUUUACAUGCGUCGUCAUACCAUCAAAAAUCAUGUACCUUAUUUCCUUCCGCUAUUGUUCAACCUCGGCCUGCUUCAACUCAGAAAGAUUUUAACAUCUCUGGAGCAGGCGCGGAAGUGUUGUUCCAUUCUCCAUACAUUCUUCAAGUCUAUUCCAACUCCUCGAAAAUUACCGACUUGCUUCUCCUCUACAUUUCAUCUUUUGGUCCAAGGGAGCCGAACGGCUCUUUUAUCCCACUCCGUCCUCCCAGCUAAGCCAUAUGCGUAGUAACUAGGAAAAAGGGCAAAUAAUAGAGAGAAGUUUCAUUGUUGUCCUGCUGUUUUAAACGGUGUUUAGCACCAAGAUAAGAGUGUUGUUAUCCUUGUGUUUCUGUAAUUAUAAUACUACUCAAUUUCUGCUC